AUGUCUCCAUCCAAAUGGGUUGACUCGUCCAGACUUCCGCGGGACGACCCAUGGAGACAGAUGCUGAGCUUGUACAUGAUCACUUGCAUUUUCGGCACCUUGCUCUACUUCAUUUUUGCGACGGCAUCGUAUUACCUCGUCUUCGACCAUGCUACGUUUAAUCACCCCAAAUACCUGAAGAACCAGGUUUCCCUGGAGAUUCGCCAGUCUCUCGCCUCUAUACCAGGAAUGGCUCUCCUCACGGCACCCUGCUUUUGGCUGGAAGUGCGCGGAUACUCCAAGAUGUACGACACUACAGCCGACGGGCCUGGCCUCUGGUACAACUACUUCCAGUUCCCACUGUUCCUCAUGUUCACCGACUGCGGCAUCUACUACAUCCACCGCGGCCUGCACCAUCCCCGAAUCUACAAGCACAUGCACAAGGCCCAUCAUAAGUGGAUCAUGCCGACGCCCUUCGCCGCCAUUGCCUUCCACCCGGUUGACGGCUUUGCCCAGUCGCUACCCUACCACCUCUUCCCGUUGAUCUUCCCUCUUCAGAAGUGGGCGUAUGUGCUGCUCUUCACCUUCAUUCAGAUCUGGACGAUCAUGAUCCACGACGGAGAGUACGUCGCCAACAACCCGGUCAUCAACGGCGCCGCGUGCCACAGCAUCCACCACUCGGCCUUCUCCUACAACUACGGCCAGUUCACCACCCUCUGGGACCGUCUGGGCGGAAGCUAUCGUAAGCCGGACCCGGAGCUGUUUGAGAAGGAGAAGAAGAUGUCCAGGGAGCUGUGGGCCAAGCACUCGGAAGAGACUGACCAGAUCAUCAAGAAUGUGGAGGGCGACGACGACAGGUCGUAUCUGCCCGAUGCAAAGACCAAGAAAUCCCAGUGA